AUGGUCGGCCGGGCCGUGGCGGCCCACGUCCGAUUGGACUCUGGGACGUCCGGGUAUGUCUCGCGCAAGCACGCGAGCGUUGGCCCGCUGGGCGCUGACGAGUGGGCGGUGACCGAUGUCGGCUCAACCAAUGGGGUCUUUAUCAACCGCCGCCGCAUCGCUGCUCACGAGCCCGCUCUCCUUGCUGAUGGCGACCUCGUCACGUUUGGCGUCGCGUCGGGCAGGCAAGUGCCGAUCGGCGAGCUCGCGAGCUCGGAUGGCCUGUUUGUGUACCAAUACCGUGCGGCCCAUGCCGAGCCGCCGUCCAAGCGGCGGAAGCCGCUCGUGUCGCGCUCGCCGUCGCCCGCGCUGGAUGCGCUUGAGUCACGAGUCAUCGAGCUCGAAAUCGAGCUGGAGAGUCACAAGCUGCGCCUUGCCGGCAUGACCAGCGAGUUGGAGGCUGCGUCAGCCCAGUGCAAGCAGCUGCGAGAGGCUGCAGAAGGCGACGUCAAAACGAUUGCCGAGCUCGAGGGCCGUGCGACGGCGGCAGAGGCCGCAACCGCCAAGGCUGAAGCGGCGGCAGCGGCGGCCAAGGCGGUGGCCGGGUCUGCGGUCGCGCUCACGCUUGAGGAGCUGGAGGAAGAGUUCUCGUGCUCGAUCUGCCUGGAGUUUAUGGUGCAAGCGACGGCGGCGGCGCCGUGCGCACACAUCUUUUGCGCCGAUUGCCUCGAGGAGUGGUGCGCGCUGGAGGAGGAGGGGAGGCAGUCGUGCCCGCAGUGCCGGCAGCCGGUCUUGAUGCGGCUUCACAUGCGGUUGCUCGACAACACGUUGGCGCACAUGCUGGCCAAGGUCGGCGGCUCGGCGCUGCAGGGAUACAAUGCCCGUGUCAGUGCCUUUACCCGCAACGUCCAGCACUAUCGCACGCUGCUGAGCGCAGCCGAGCAGGCGCGGACGUCGAGGCAGACGUUCCUCAACAUCAAGAUGCGGUGGACGGCCAAAGAGCAGAACACCUUUCAGCGCGGCCUCCGCAAGUACCGCGGCAAGGCGCGCCAGCUAUUUUGCGAGCUUGCGGGGCUCACGCCGGCGUUUGUCGCGUCGGCCUCCAAGCCGGUCCUCCUCGUUGCCGCCAGCAACCUUCGCAUCAAGGACGUGACCGACGCCUCGACCAUCGACGCCUGUCGCACCGCCAUUAUCAACAUGCUUAAGGGUCUCCGCUGACCGUCCGCCGGUACAUGGCGUCGGCGCGGAGCACGUACUUGGGAGCUUGGCCUUGGACCCUCGAGCCGGCGUGGAUGAGCUUGUGGUGAAAGGCCACCAUGCGGCCAGGCGUCGGCUCUACCCUCGCAACCUCGCGCAGCGCGGCGCCGUUAAACAUCCCG